GUGUUGCAUGGUUUCAUUUAUACCGUUGGCUGUUAAAUGGGCGAGAUCAACCAUGUUCAGUCCACACCGUAUAACUGGUCUAUUAUCAACAUUAGUCAACAUGUGACUUUGACGUGAAGAUUAACCUAAAGGAACUCAAACUGUUUUUAGUUCACCGUGUGAGUGAGACGCCUGUUGAUUCUUGCUCCUUGCACGCGCCGGGACUCCUUUGCAAUAUCCUCUCGGAGCAUUUCAACCUCCGGCCCUUUGGCUCCGGCCCGCGGCUGCCUCUGCCCACGGUCCUUCACGGUCUUAAUUGAUUUCCAACUAUUCUUGCUCGACGUCACCGCCUUUAGCUCGGCGGCGAGGAGAGACAAAAGGAGAGCUAAAGCCUGUGACGUCCACGCGCUGGCAGUUUUAUCGCCCCCCGUAAGGAUUGAGAUUCAUCCCUGGAGGAACGCGGUGCUUUUGUUUCUUAGCGUGUACCGUCAAAAGGAACGUGUUUAUUGCGUUAUGAAGACGGCCGGUGAUGCGGCUUUUGCGAUUUAGGACUUCACGCUCUUAAUUAUUUCAAAGAAGUUGAUUUUUCUCGCAGGGCGAGUUUGGAGGCCACGCACAUCGCUCUGCGCGCUGAAGAACCGCGCUGAUCGCAUCCCCGGGAAGCAGCUGACCCCCCAAGCAUGUCCGUGUUGGAGAAUGAGACAUCGCGUGUGUCUAGCUACGUGCCUCACUACCUGCUGCGGGGAGACCCCUUCGCUUCACGCCUGUCCAGGGAGGCCGACAUCGUAGCAGCGUUCUACAUCUGCAUCAUCGGUAUCCUGUCUGCCACAGGGAAUGGGUAUGUGAUCUACAUGAGUAUGAAACAGAAGAACAAGCUGAAGCCUCCAGAGCUCAUGACUGUGAACCUGGCCAUCUUUGACUUUGGCAUCUCAGUGACAGGGAAGCCGUUUUUCGUGGUGUCCAGUUUCUCUCACCGCUGGCUGUUUGGCUGGGAGGGAUGUCGCUUCUACGGCUGGGCCGGCUUCUUCUUCGGCUGUGGCAGCCUCAUCACCAUGACCGUGGUCAGCCUGGACCGCUACCUUAAGAUCUGUCACCUCCAAUACGGCACGUGGCUGAAGAGGCCCCAUGCCUUCUUGUGCCUGCUCUUUGUGUGGCUGUACGCUGCCUUCUGGGCCAGCAUGCCCCUGGUGGGCUGGGGGAGCUAUGCGCCCGAGCCCUUCGGCACCUCCUGCACGCUGGACUGGUGGCUGGCGCAGGCGUCGGUCUCCGGGCAGAGCUUCGUCAUGGCUAUCCUCUUCUUCUGCCUCGUCUUCCCCACCGGCAUCAUCGUCUUCUCCUACGUCAUGAUCAUCUACAAGGUGAAGUCCUCCGCCAAAGAGAUGUCACACUUCGACACCCGCAACGCCAACAGCCACAACCUGGAGAUCAAGCUGACUAAGGUGGCGAUGUUGAUCUGCGCUGGGUUCCUGAUCGCGUGGAUCCCCUACGCCGUGGUGUCGGUGGUGUCGGCGUUUGGAAAGCCCGACAGCGUGCCCAUCUCAGUGUCCGUCAUCCCCACCCUGCUCGCCAAGUCAUCCGCCAUGUACAACCCCAUCAUCUACCAGGUCAUCCACCUGAAGAACUCCUGCGCCCAGUCCUCCUGCAUGCAGGCCCUGAGGAAACCACGUCACUUCAGGAAGUCACGGUUCUACACCAUCUCUGGCUCAUUAAAAGAGCCAUGUGCUAACGGAGCUCAGAUCGAGAUGUGACCAUGACGACCACGAGACUCACAGAAGA